CCCUCAUCGCCAACCCCAAUUCCACCGAGUCCACCCGGCGCUCCGUCGUCGACGCUCUCGUCGCCUCCCUCCGCCACCACCAAGACGACCCCGCCUUCGUCCACCACGCCCUCAAGCUCCUCGGAGAUGCGGCUGUCCUUUGCCGCCCCUUCGCCCACACCGUGGUCGCCGCCGUUCGCCCCUUCCUCGACGGUGGCCACAGCCUGACCGCUGACGCCGUCGCCGCCCUAGCCUCCGUCGCGGAGGCCGACAAUGGAGGGGGAGGAGAAGGGUAUUCUCUCGUUGCGUCGGCAUUGGACGGCGUUCGCAUUCUUUCGCUUGCUUCUAGCCCCAUCGUCGCCGUUCGGUCGCAGGUUCUUGAUCUCUUGGUGCGGAGUGUGGAGAGGGGUCGAUUCUGGGAUUCUUUUGGGCAUCAUACAACGAUUCAAGUGUUCCUUGGGCUCGCGAUGGAUCUGUACCCACUGGUUAGAAAACGUGCUGUCGAUGGCAUAAUAGCAUUGCUAAGGGAAGCCGCAGGUGGCGUCGAUUGUUUAAUCGUGGAAUGCUGCUAUGAUCGUGCUGUUGUGCUUCUUAAGGACGAGGAAAAGCUCGUUAGAUUGACUGCCGUUAAGUUGAUCAGUGAGUGUGGGGAGCUUUUUGCAGCCAGCCAGGGGGAAACUGAGCACAGCGAGCAAAUGGAUGUGGUAUUUGUUCAACUUUGUUUGAUGGCAAGAGAUAUGCAUAUGGAAGUUAGAUUUGAAGCUUUUGUUGCGCUUGGGAAAGUAAGACUGGUACAUGAGACUGUUCUGUUACAAUCCCUCUCUAAGAAAAUUUUGGGCAUCAAGAGCGGAAAAGCCAUUGUUAAAUGCUCCACAAAAGGAACUAAAAUUUCACUGUUAUCAGCUGCUGGCGCUUUUGUACAUGGAAUUGAAGAUGAAUUCUAUGAGGUACGGGAAGCUGCAUGUAGAUCAUUGGGAAUGCUAACAAUUUUCUCUGUCAAGUUUGCAUAUGAGGCUACAAACUUACUAAUGGACAUGUUAAAUGAUGAUACAGAGGUGGUUCGAUUACAAACCUUGCAAACAUUAUCUCAUAUGGCAAAUUAUGAUCGUUUAACAAUGCAGGACAAACACAUGCAAAUGUUUCUUGGUCUAUUGGCUGAUAUUAGUCCCUCGAUAAGAUGCUUGGCAAGAAAACUGCUCCAGCUAAUUAAGUUGCCUGAUUUUGUAUCGUUUAGAGAUACAAUUGAUUGUCUCGUCAGCAAUUUAGAGGCAUUCCCAGAGGAAGAAGAAGAUAUUUUCUUCGUUCUGUUUUCUGUCGGCAAGCAGCACAAGAACUUUUCAGCCAAGUUAGCAAAAGAAUUUGCAAAAGAGAUAGAUCUAUCCUGUGGAGAGCUGAUUUUGGAUAGCCAUGAAGUGGCAGCGAAGUUAGUUUUAUUCAUCUCAUCAUCUUUCUCCAAUGGACAACGUACAACUGAUAUUCCUAUGGCUCUAUAUUCUUAUGCAAUCCCUUUUAGUGGAAGAAUCACUCAUGCCCUGAGAGGUUCUGUAGACCAAGAUUCCCUUUUGGCCUAUUUGUGUUCUUAUAGUAAAGAGAUCCACAACAUAUGCACUUCAUCGAUGCCGAUUCAUGUUGCGAUGUCUGAUAUUACACGUAAGGGAAAUGUGCUAGAUUUUAGUAAAAUAUUGACACGUUCCGAGCAAACACAAGAGAAGUGUGUGUUCUUGAAUGAGGAAACAAUGCAGUUCAUAAAGCUUAAUUUAGAAACAGUUGGGAAAACUUGGCCUCUGAUGAAGUCACAUUGUACACAAGUAGUGCAAAACAUGUUAAGGGCUUGCAAAGAAGAGUUAGAAACCAUUGCUUGGAAUGCUGAUGAUGGAGCUGCCAGUUCAUUUUUAGACUUUGCAGCUCUGUAUAUUCAAGUAAUCCAGUUGGUUACUGAAAUAUUGGACAAAUCUCUUCCAAAAAAAUCUUGCAUUAUUGGCAUGACAUCACUUGAUAUCAUACUGGAAAGAUUAGACAUGAAUCUCCGAAGGCUGAGACUAUUGGAGAUUGGAGUAAGCCCACAACCUAUAUUGGCGAGGCUGACUUCUACAAUUUCUCAUUUGGAGUUCCUUUGUGAAGGACCAUCUAAUCUUUCUGAUUUUGCCAAAGAAGUAAAGCAUGCUUGUACUGAAGGCACAGCUGCCUUAUUUUCUACUACAUAUGUUUUUCGUAAGUUACUUGAACUCUUCUAUCCUGAGCAGAUAACAUUUACUGGAAGAUUUAAACAGAAAAAGGCAGAAGUGUUAGUCAUUGGUAAUGAUUCAGAGAAUCCUCUGACUUUCGUGUCAGGUUUGCCUGUCGGAAUCUUCUUCCGUAUAACACUGUAUGAAAUACUAAAUAGUGACAGGUUGUGGCUCUUGUUGGCCGUGGGUGAGUCAAUUCAAUAUGUCUUUCUUGAUUUAAGCCAAUUUGAAGGCUGUGAUGCAGUGAGAAGCUGCACUCUUAAUGUUCCAUUUCACGGAACUCCAAAAGCAGCAUCAUUUUUGCUAAGGGCUUCUGUAGGUAUUGAGUGUCCAUCUGAAGACGUCACAAACCACAGUAAAGGUCAGGGAGGGCCAAUAGAUGAUUAUGCUAUAAUCUGCAAGGAAAAUGAUGUUCAUUUUAUUGGUGUCAAUAACAGAUGAUAUUUGGAAGCUGUGAGCUGGGAGUCAAUGCUACAUUUCUGCAUAUGUUCUCUAUGGGGUAAGUCUGUGAUCAACUUGUGCAAAGCAACUAGGUCUGGAGUAACCAGGUGAAACCUUUGCAUGAUCAUCAAUAGAAAGAACUGGUGUAUACAGCGACACAGAGAAGCAGAUUGAAGCAGUGAAACAGUUGGUCAAUGAAUUAGUGAAUCAUGGAUUAUAUGAAGUUCUUUGUUAUGAAGAACUUUGCCAACUUGGUAAUCAUGUCAAGAAUCCAGUAUCGGAUGGGAGAUGCCCUCAGCAUGACUAUAUUUUCCACCUCAUCCUUCAACAAGCUUGGGGUUCCACCUGGUGCACCUCCCAAACGACAACCCGAUUACCAUAGACUAGAUACACUAUUGAGUAUUGACAAUCAACAAGCAGUCCAACUUCAGCAGCAGCCACUUGAAGAACUUCUGCAUCGGCUGCCAGGAAAUUCCUAAUUCGGCUACAUGAUCAACAGGGUUAUGAUUCAACACCUUCCUAUGGAACAGUGAACAAACUGUCACAAGAAGGAUCUGCCUCUGCUUAUUGUGCACAGAGCGCCUCCACUAACACCCCCAUCUCAGCUAGGUACAGGAGCAAACCUGCGGCUCUGAAUCGAUAUGGCCAAACAACACAACUGAUCCAUCCUAGUUAGUUAUGGGCAGCCUUCACAGAUGCAGAAGUCGCCAUGUACUCCGGUUGUCAAGCAGACUAUAUGCAGAUGGUUGUAGGCAAAAGCGGUCCUGUGGACUGCCGCCGCAUAGCCAACCAGGUUAUAGUCAGCAGCAGCAGCCAUUGACUCAUGGUGAUGAUGGUUAUUCACAGCCUCCUGCAUAUCCUCAAGGACAAUGAUACUCUUUUUUAUGCUUCUACUGCUGCACCAAUUGUUUCAAAAGUAAUUGUAAGCAAGGCACUCCCAACCUGAUAUUGCCCAGUAAGUCCUUUGUAGGGUUGUGGCCCUUGUGGACCAUUUUAUCAUUGUGCUGGUUCAGUAUCUAAGUGUUAAUGAUAACGGGGCUUUGUAUUGUGUUUUACAGCUUUCCAAUGAUGUGAUUUAGAUUAUCAGAUUGCUGGUA